UUUAAUGAAACAUAUGUUUAAAUUUUAAAGGACCACACUUUGGGAAAUGGACCUCGCUGUUCUGUGAAAAAUUGUUUAAACCGCUAUUCGAAAGAUCUUAGUUUCUAUGGCUAUCCUAGUGAUUUCACACUUAGAAAAAAGUGGUUUGAAAAAUGCGGAUUACAAGUUGAUCCCACUAAAAAAUUAAAAAGUAAUGUAAGAGUAUGUCGUGCUCAUUUUGACGAUGAUUGCUUCAUGACUAACAGAAAAAAUAGAUUAAGACCUGAUGCUAUUCCUUCAUUAUUUUUAGAUAACGAUAUAAUAGAUGCAAGAAAUAUUCCAUCAACAAGUUCGGCUGUCAGUAGUGGGAUCAUUCGUGUAAAUAAACCAUCGCCUAUUAAAAAUAUAAUAGAUGCAAGAAAUAUUCCAUCAACAAGUUCGGCUGUCAGUAGCGGGAUCAUUCGUGUAAAUAAACCAUCGCCUAUUAAAAAUAUAAUAGAUGCAAGAAAUAUUCCAUCAACAAGUUCGGCUGUCAGUAGCGGGAUCAUUCGUGUAAAUAAACCAUCACCUAUUAAAAAUAUAAUAGAUGCAAGAAAUAUUCCAUCAACAAGUUCGGCUGUCAGUAGCGGUAUCAUUCGUGUAAAUAAACCAUCGCCUAUUAAAAAUGUAAUAGAUGCAAGAAAUAUUCCAUCAACAAGUUCGGCUGUCAGUAGCGGUAUCAUUCGUGUAAAUAAACCAUCGCCUAUUAAAAAUGUAAUAGAUGCAAGAAAUAUUCCAUCAACAAGUUCGGCUGUCAAUAAUGGGUUUAUUGGUACUAAUAAACCAUCUUGUUCGUCUACAAAUUAUGUUGCAAAUAUAAAUUCUAAGGAAACUCCGUUAUUUGUUUAUAUUGAGUCAGUUACUCGUUCUGCUAAGGAUCUUACUGGUGAAUGUUCUGUACCCGGAUGCAUUACUAAUAUUGUUGAAGAUGUUGAAGAUAUUUCCCUUUUCGCACCACCAAUAGAAUUGGUAGAUCGUUGGAGUUCAAUUUUAGGUUUGGAUUUGACUAUAAACAGUAUUGUGUGUGAAAGGCAUUUCAAACCCCAGGACAUACUUCGUCCCAAGUUAUUGGUAAAUGAUGUAAAUUCACAAGUAAAGGUGUUAGCACCUGUUUCUAUGCCAGUACCAGUAAUGAAUGCUGUGCCGGAAUCGAGAACCUAUUGUUCUAUACCUGGAUGUACAAUUAAUAAUGUUGAAAAUGUUGGAGAUAUUUCCCUUUUCACACCACCAAUAGAAUUGGUAGAUCGCUGGAGUUCAAUUUUAGGUUUGGAUUUGACUAUAAACAGUAUUGUGUGUGAAAGGCAUUUCAAACCCCAGGAUAUACUGUGUCCCAAGUUAUUGGUAAAUGAUGUAAAUUCACAAGUAAAGGUGUUAGCACCUUUUUCUAUGCCAAUACCAGCAAUGGAUCCUGUGCCGGAAUCGAGAACCUAUUGUUGUAUACCUGGAUGCACAACUAAUACUGUUGAAGAGGUUGAAGAUAUUUCCUUUUUCACACCACAAAAUGAAGAAGAUGUAAUUGAGUGGAAUUUAAGUGUAUGUGUAGAACUUACUAAAGACAGUGCUGUGUGUGAAAAGCAUUUUAGACCUGAGGACAUAGUUCAUUCCAACUUAUUGACAAAUGGUAUAAAUUCAAAAGGAAAGUCAUUAGCACCUUUUGCUGUGCCAGUUACAAUAAUUUCAUUGGAACCCCAAACAGUGACGCAAAAUUGUUCUUUACCUGGAUGCGUAACUAAUAACAUGACUGAGCGUACUGAAGAUAUUUGCCUUUUCGCACCAACAAUAGAGCAGGUAGAAAAGUGGAGUUCAGUUUUAGAUUUUCAAUUGACUGAAGACAGUAAAGUGUGCGAAAGGCAUUUUAGACCCCACGACAUGCUUCAACCCAUGGUAAUGUACGACGGUGUUUAUCAAAAGGUCAAAUCAUUAGUGACUGGUUCUUUGCCAUUGCCAAGGAAUACUGAGCUAUCAGCAUCUAAUGCUACACCAUUUAUACAACAAUUAGAAACUAAUGAUGUGCCUGUAUUGAGGACAUGUGAUGUUAAAUUCAAAAGACAUAAACCUGAUGAACUGUUGUGUACAAAAACAAUCAAAAAUAAUGUGCUAGAUAAAUCAUUAUCGACUACCAGUAAAAUGUUUUCGUCAAAAAAUGCAAAUAAAGAGUUUACUGCGGUUACAAAUGAAACACAUGAAUACAAUACAACUCCUGAUUUAGAUCCAACAUUAAAAUCAAAUACUGCAAACUCAGUUGAUUUUUCGGUUGUGAAAAUUGAGCCACUGGUUGUUGAUAAUUUACAAACAAAUUUGGAAACUGAACCAGAACAGCUAUUACCAGAUUUAGGAACAAAACUAGUUGAAGAUGAUAAUAUACUUCCAUUAUCUUCAAUUGAUGAUUCUUUAUCGAUAUCAUUAACAAAACUAAAAAACAUCUCAGCUAAUAGUUCGUUGUCCGUUACCUUGGAACCAAUAGCAAAUUCUAAAAUGACAGAACCAUCAGUAGAUUUAUAUUCAAAAGUAUCUCCUAAAAGUUCCAUGUCCAUUACAUUACUACCCAAACAUAAUCUCCCCUCGACCACAAAUAACAGUUCUCCAUCUGUUAGUUUAACACCUUGUCUUCCAUCGACUUCAAGUAGUUCUGUAUAUAAUACAUCACAACAAAGUUUGUCACAGUAUAAACAGAAAGAAACUUCAGCCUUUAAAAUGCCAGUUAAAUUGUCUUCUAAUACUGUUGAAAUAAAGAUGCCAGUAAUUUCAAAAUGUGUUUCAUUAGCCGUACAUUCGGAUACUGAUGAUUCUAAUCCAUAUAUAAUACUUGAUGAUGAUGAUGAUGAUGAUGAUGAUGAUACUGAAACUGAAGAUUUUAUAGAGAAAGAUUACGGAUUCAUUUAUGAAAUUUCUAAAACUAUAGUACUUCCUACUUUACAUUGGAAGAUUAAACAUGAUAGAUCACGAAAUUCAACUGUUUUUUAUGAAGAAGACGAUUUGUAUGAAACUGUAAAAAACAUUACUUUUGAUAAUAGCCUUUUGCCAAAAAUACAAGUAUAUGGCAUGAAAUACAAAUAUAAUAAGCCUGUUAGAACAAAAAAUGAAUUACAAAAUCUUUUAGAAAAAAUAGAUUUUGUGGCAAAAUGUGAAGGUGUUUAUUUAAGUAGCCAUAAAAAGUGUAUUGGUUAUUAUGACAAAAUUACAGAAUAUGUUACUUCGUGUUCUGCCUGUCAAAAAUUGCUCAAAACGACUGAAUCUAUGACUAAAACUGCUGAAAGUCUUGAACAAAUAAUCUCUGAACGGACAGCAAGAGUGUUAGAACUUAGACGAAAUAUGGAAAAUAUGGAAAAUAAUAAAAUAAAUUUCAGCCUUAUAAAUUCUAUGACGGUAUGUCGUCGUUAAUUGUAUAUAUUAAUUGUAUUUACUAUUUAACUAUUUUUAAUUAUAUUUAUUAGACAUUUUUACUUUGAUUAAAAACUAUAAUUGUAAACCA